CGAGGUAUAAGAAUAUUUAUAAAAUGUGAAAAUAUGAACCCUACUGGUUCGAUAAAAGACCGUAUAGCACUUAAUAUAGUAGAUUAAGCUGAGAAAGAUUAAAAAUUAAAAAAAGGAAUGACAAUAAUAGCUGCAUCAUCAGGUAAUACUGCUUGUUCAGUAGCUUUUAUAGCCUCCUUACGUGGUUAUCCAUGUAAAGUAAUAACAAGUGAAAAGUGUAGUUAAGAAAAAAUUGACGCCCCAAAAGCAUAUGGGGCAGAAGUAAUAGUUUGUCCAUCUGAUGUUCCAGCAGAUUCAGAUUAACAUUAUAUGAAUAAAGCAAUAAGUAUGUGUAAAGAGAAUCCUGAUUUUUAUGAUAUUGAUUAAUAUGAUAAUCCUUUAAAUCCUUAAGCCUAUUAUAAAUCACUUGGACCAGAGUUAUGGAUAUAAACAAAUCAUGAAAUUAAUUACUUCAUUGCAAGUGCUUCUACAGGAGGGACUUUUAGUGGAACUUCUAAAUAUUUGAAAGAUAUUUCAGAAGGAAGAAUUUAGUGUAUCUUGGCAGAUCCUAUAGGUAGUGUAUUUUAUUAAUUCUGGAAAAAUAAAGAGCUUAUUAAACCUGGAUAAUAUAAAGUCGAAGGAGUUGGGAAAGAUUCAAUCCCUAAAAAUUUAUGUUGUGAACUUAUUGAUUAAAUUAUUCAAGUAGGAGACUAAGAUGCAUUUGAUAUGUGUCAUAAAUUAAGCUAAAUCGAAGGUUUAAUGCUUGGGGGAAGUGCAGGACUUAAUGUUGUAGCGGCUCUUUAAUUGGCUUCUAGUCUUGAAGGACCUGCAACUAUUGUUACAGUUGCACCUGAUACAGGAGUUAAGUAUUUGUCAAAGAUUUAUAAUUUAUAAUGGUUGAAAAAUAAUGGAUUUAAAGUUAAUAGAAAUUAUUUUUGAUUUUUUAGGAAGGCUUUUGAUUUAAUAUAUUUUUUAUAAAGAUACUUUUUUUUUUUUUUU